AUGAAACAAUACCGUAAAAAUUGCAAUACAGUUAUUUAUUCGGAGGGUCUGACCAGCUCGCGGGCCGUGAAUCUGCGUCGCCGCAAGAUCGAGAUCGAGAUCGUGGAAGGAGCGCCUAAAGGCCCGACGUGGCAGUUCCCCGGUUCGGGCUCGUCCGAGCACGUGAGGGUGCCUGAUGCAGAGUUGGCGGCAAUUCAAGAUGAAAUGGACCAACCACGGAAGCUCCCAGGCGAGCUCCCAGCCACCGCCAUCUGCGGAAACGACAUCUUGUCCAGUGUGCUUUACUCGGCAUCGUCGGUGACGUCCAAGUGCGGAAAGCUCAUGCCCAUACCUCUGCUCAUGGUGUCGACGGUGCUCUUCUUCUUCCGCUUCAUCUACGAGGAGGUGGUCACGGCCAUCCCCAUGAACGGUGGUACCUACAACGCACUCCUCAAUACGACGUCCAAGCGCACGGCUGCAGUGGCUGCUUGCCUGAGUAUCUUGUCGUACGUGGCCACGGGUGUGGUGUCUGCUACGUCGGGUGUCAAAUAUCUGAACACCCAGAUCGACAUCCCGAUCGUCACGUCGAUCAUCGUCCUGCUCGGGGCGUUCGCCGUGUUGGCUUUCAUCGGUAUCUCCGAGAGUUCUCGUGUGGCUGUGUUUAUUUUCCUCCACCACAUCAUCGUGCUCUCGAUCCUAUUCGUCUCGUGCGUCAUCUACGGUGUCCAGAACACACACAUCUUCAGCGACAACAUGAAGACCGAGCUGCCCGAGGUGGACUUCGCGGGCUCCAUGCUGGACGGCAACGUGUUCACGUCCAUUUUCUUCGGCUUCAGUGCGUCCAUGCUGGGUAUCACGGGCUUUGAGUCAUCGUCCAACUACGUGGAGGAGCAGCAGCCGGGUGUGUUCCGCAAGACACUGCGCAACAUGUGGGCACUCGUCACGUUUUUCAAUCUGGGGCUGGGCGUUGGCAUCCUUGCGGUUCUACCACGACGCGGUGCUGUGCUUACCUCCUACGUUGGAAUUGUUGGAUUGGUUGAGCGUCUGUCGAAUGACCGCGUGUUGCCUGCUUUCUUGGCCAAGAAGAACAAGCUGCGCGGUACCAGCCACAACAUCAUCGGACUCUACUUUGUCCUCUCAGCAAGCCUCGUUCUGAUCCUGAACACUGACUCAAUCUGCCCGAUGUACACGUACGCGUUCCUCGGACUGAUGGCCACGUUCUCGUGCGCGUGCAUGCUGCUGAAGGGCAAGCGCUCGGAGAUCCCGCGCGACAUCCACGCGCCGUGGGCUGCGGUGAUUGUGGGCUUCAUCUUGGUCGUGGUGGCCAUCUUCGCCAACCUGCUCGGUGACCCGUCGGUGUUGAUGUACUUCGCCAUCUACUUCAUCGUCGUGAUGUUCGUGAUGUUUGUCAUGUUCGAGCGUGUUACGAUCCUGCGCUGCAUUUUGGUGAUGAUGAAGAAGAUGGCCCCCUCACGCUACGGCAAGGCUGCUGCGGUUGGCCUCGCUACCGACAGCUCGUCCGAGAUCGAGCACACCGGUGCGCGCGGCGGCCGCACUAUCGCCCGCACCAUUGUCAGCAUCCGCGACGCCCCCAUCGUCUUCUUCUGCAAGGUGCCCGACCUCACGAUUAUCAACAAGGCCAUCAUCUACAUGCGUCGUAACGAGCAGACCCACACGCUGCGCAUCGUGCACGUGUUCUCGGACGAGGAGGCGGUCGCUCCGGUGCUCACCUCGUUCCGCGAGAUGGCGGCACUGUUCGACAGCAUGUACCCGAAGAUCCGCGUGGACUUCGUGUCGGUGCGCGGUGAGUUCGGUCCUGCGAUGAUCGAGUGGCUGUCGCGGUCGAUGAAGGUGCCGCGCAACAUGAUGUUCAUCACGCAGCCAGACAUUCUGUCGGCUGAGCGAGUCUCCAGUGCUGGCGUCCGCGUGAUCACCACAUAA